AUGACUUCAACACUGGGUACGAUAUCGAGUGCUAGCAAAACAAUGCUCGACGAAUUGUCCGACUCCGGAAAAGCGAAAAUUCCGGUCGACGUAUGCACGCAGUUGACUGCGGAAUUUGUUCCAGCUGUUAAGGAAAUCUCGAAAGCUGGAACCGAACUUCUUAGAGUUUACCAAGCGCUUGAAAAGUCUUCUGCUCUUUAUGUACACGCCCUCGAAGCACUGGUAAAAUCAUCGAAAAAGGCGUUUCCUGGUGCCAAAACUCAUGCAAAUGGGUUGAACGAGUUGGUGGCACAGUACAAGCAAAUGUUGGAUCAACAUAAGAGGAGCGUAGCCGAAUUCUCUUCUCUUGUGGUUAAGACAACAAGAUACAGCAGUGAAGAGAAAAUAAAAAUCAAGGAUAUGCUUGCUAAAUUUCAAAAGGAAGAAAAAGCGCUAGAGCAUCAGCGUAAAAAAGGAACUAAGAAUUCGUCCGAUAUGCAAUCAUUUGUAAACGAAUCAGCGGAGGAAUUUUUACGACAGCAAGAAAUGCGUUACAAGUUCUUUUACGAGAAGCAUAGAGCUUGGUUUUUAAGUUAUUCAAAUCUUUUUCAACAAAAAGAAAACGGUGUAACUGGAGCGACAGAAAAAAAAGUUGAUGAGAAACCAAAGGUCGACACUAUCGAGGCUGCAACAACGGUAUUAUCAGCCAGUGAUUGCGUGUCGAAAACAGGCCAUUCGAGAGUUGAUUCUCUUGCUCAUUCCACUGUAAUUAGCCCGUCUAGCAGAAAAUCCACAACGGAUAACUUCACUGAGACUAAUGCCCUUGAGUCGACGAAACUACAAUCCACUUCUUCUACUGGAUCACCUACGCAAGUAAUGAUGGAGAGACAAGUGGCCGAGGUCACACCAGCUCCAGCUGUUGUCGAUGCUGCUACUCAAAGUGCAAGUGAAUCACCUCUCAUCAUAACGAAGGAGAGUCCAAUUUUAACCCAGAUCCCAGAACAGUAUGUGAACAGUGAGUGGAACAACAACGUUGUGGAGAUCCCUGUUCGGGAAUAUGCUUUGUCUAACGUUGAACGCCGUCACUCCUACGUCCCUGUCGUGGAUCCGAUGGAUUAUCGCCCAGAAGAACCUGAAAAUAAACGAGUCAACGAACGUCGUCCUCCUGUUGGAGGGCGCCUAGUUCUGCCUCCUAUCGAGAACAAUAGACCAUUCUAUCAAGUAGAAUCAGAAUUCAUUUCACAGGCUCCUCCUACUCAUCGUCCCUCAAUUCACACUCAGCCAAAACCUGCUCCAAGUGUUGUUCCGCCUCUUUUUAACAACAGCGAUUAUGGCAGGAUUCUUACGGUCACGCAAGACUUUAAUGCAACAUCUGGUGAACAAAUUACUGUGAACAGAGGCAACAAGGUUGUGUUGAUCAAGAAUGGAAGUCGUGGGUGGAUCUUUAUCAAGGAUGCCGAUUCCCAGCGGACCGGAUGGAUUCCUGCACCUUUCGUCACCUAUUGA